GGCCCAAAAUUGUAAAUGGGCCGAGCUGGAUUGGGCUUCUUCGUUGAGAUUGAAGUGAAGUUUCCAGAGCUUUCACUCUGCCGCUAUAAAGCUUAUAACCUAAACCCUCGUGCUCUUCGUUUUCCUCCAACUCGCGAACCCUCUCGAUCUCUCGAGCUCUCGAUCUCAGCCAUGGCGGUGCUCUCCGAUCUCGAAGAGGAACAGGUACAGGAGCAGAAGCAGACGAAGCCUUCUUCUUCGUCUUCAUCAUCUUCUCCGUCAAAGUUCCCCGCCGUUGAUGCCACGGACGAGGAGGUGCUUUGCUCGAUCCUCGCCAAGAAAGGCACUAUGCCUUUCUUGGAAACUGUGAUCGAUGUACUUCGGAGAAAGUCGGAUCUCUUCAAGGAUGAGUCUGGGGUGAAGAAGAUCAUGGCUGUGGUAUCUGCUGCCAGGGACAAAGUGGUCGCCGAUGAGAGGCGCCAGAAGGAGGCUGAGGCUGCUCGCAAGGCCUCCGUUCAAGCUGAGAAACCAAAGGAGACUUCUUUGAAGCUGAAAGAGGAGAUGACUUCAGAGAAACAACCUGCGGAGGCGGCCGAAGAGAAAGAGAAGAGCAGCGGCGGCACACCAAACUCUGGAAAUGGUCUGGAUUUAGAAAACUAUUCCUGGACCCAAAUCCUUCAGGAGGUUAGUGUUAGUGUCCCCAUCCCUCCUGGGACGAAGUCACGGUUUGUCACGUGUGAGAUUAAGAAGAACCAUCUGAAGGUUGGUUUGAAGGGAAACCCCCCCAUCAUCGAUGGUGAACUUUAUCAAGCUGUGAAACCAGAUGAUUGCUUUUGGAGCAUAGAAGAUGAAAAAUCCCUCUCAAUACUUUUGACCAAACACAAUCAGAUGGAAUGGUGGAAAUCAUUGAUAAAAGGUGACCCUGAGAUUGAUACACAAAAGGUUGAACCUGAGAACAGUAAGCUGUCUGAUUUGGAUCCUGAAACCAGGCAAACGGUGGAGAAAAUGAUGUUUGACCAGAGACAGAAAUCCAUGGGGCUCCCAAGCAGUGAUGAGAUGCAGAAGCAAGAAAUUAUGAAGAAAUUCAUGGCACAGCAUCCGGAGAUGGACUUUUCUAAGGCCAAAAUGGGUUGAUAAAAGUGACAUCAUUACUCAAUCGACCCUAUUUCGUUUGUAGUUUUAAUGGUAAUCGUGAGGGUUUUAGGGGAUUUUUUAAGUGGACAUAUAUUGCUGUCAAAGAAAUCUAUUUGGUUGACUCUUAAUGUGUUAGCUUCUAGUUAUUUUUUGCGUUCUUUUUCCUAUGCUUGGAAUCUAUGGAACUACCGUUGUGUGCCAUUCACCAUUUUAUCAACGAACUCUUAUUACCUCGGAAAAUUCUCUUUGGUUA